GUGGGCUGUGGGUAGUGGGUCUAUAAGACGGCCAGUUCUCUGCUCUGAUUGCGCAAUGGGGCUUUAAGAAAUCGAAAAUGGCCGAUGGUGCAUCAGAGAUGAAUGAGUACAAGGCGGAAGGGGAUAUCAAGGGGUAUUUCCCCUCAGCCUCAACCUUGACGGGACGGAAGGCGGCAUGUACCAAGACCUCCCCGAUCCCCCUCAUCAAUGAUGGAUAUUGUUUUCCUCUCGUGGAAUCUCAACGGGAACAUCACUCGAAGCACACCCAUCAAAACCAGCAUAAAAGAUAUCGAAACCUGGAUUACCCUAAGAACAAAGCCCACAAGAAGCCCAAAAGAAUCCAGGACUCCAUGCCCAACCCAAUACCAGAAUAAGAAGCCCGCCAACGCGCCGCAUCCCCAAUCUCGCGCUCUGAGAGCCGGGGAUGAUGCAUUAUGCAACC